AAUGAAUAUUUUGUUAUUCAAAUCUGCCAUUGAAGCAAGUGGAAAUGUAUUAUUAACUUUGAAAAAUUAAGGACAAUGUAAUGACAUGCAACGUUGUUUCCUAUGAUUGCAGUACUCGAGGUAAUAACCGAACAGAGAGGUGGAGAUUUGGAGAGUCUACACAAGAUCUGUUGUAGUGAAUAUGAAAAAUCCAAAUCGCACGAUAAACAUCUUAAAAAUGAAACGGAUUCGCCAACUACUUCUAAACAGAAUUUUGAAAGAGACGAUGUACUUACAUCCGCGAAUAAUACAAAGCAAAACUUAUCAAUGUGGCAGCAACAAAAGAUAUUAUUUUUAAGGGCUUUAAUUUGUAUCAAACGAGACAGCACCAUGACGAUGUUAAGAUUCGCGGCACAUGUCAUAGUAGCACUGCUACUGGGGGCGGUUUUUUACGACUUUGGCAAUGAUGCGAAAAAAGUCAACAGCAACGUAGCUUGCUUAUUCUUUCUUCUGUUGUUCUUAUUUUUCUCAAAUUCGAUGCCAGCAGUGCAGAUGUUUCCCACGGAAGCGGCAGUGUUCCUACAGGAACAUUUAAAUAAUUGGUACUCCUUGAGAGCUUACUAUAGCGUAAAAAUAUUAACGGAUCUUCCGAUGCAAAUACUUUGCUCCUCGUCUUUUCUGCUUAUAUCGUAUUAUGUGACUGGACAGCCGAUGGAGUCUGAUAGGCUCCUGCAAGCGUGGAGUAUUUGCGUAUUGAUAACAAUUCUUGGACAAACAGUUGGGAUUCUGACGGGUUCGGCUUUCAACACUGAGAUAGGUGUUUUCUUGAUACCGGCAUUAAGUAUACCACUGUUGCUGUUUGCCGGAUUUUUUCUAAAAAUAGGGGAGAUGUCGGUGUACCUGCAGCCUUUAAGCACCGUGAGCUUUUUCAGAUACGGAUUUGAGGGAAUGAUGCAAACGAUCUAUGGUUCUGACCGACCGAAUUUAUAUUGCUCAGAAAUUUACUGCUACCUUCAUUCGCCAAACGCAAUUCUCUCGACGAUGGACAUGCCUACAGUGUCGUUCUACGUAAUUUUGAUGAUACUUGGCUUUUGGAUAAUCUGUUUGCACGUUAUCGUCUACAUGGUGCUUUGUUGGAAAAUUUAUUACGCGAGAAAAUGACGUAUAAAAUUAAUUUCUAUAAACAUGCAUGUACUUACACACUUGUCUUUGCAUAUCUAAAUUAAUCAUGGAACAAAUCUUCUCUCUAUCAACGAACAGACAAAAGAGAUGAUGAAAUAAGAAAGAAUGUAAAAAACGAUAAAUAUGAAUUUUGUCUAGAUAUAACGCACAGUCGAUAUAACAACAACAUAAUAAAAUUUAUUUUUCCUGUAAUUAAUUAGAUUAUAUUGCAAGUCAUUAGUAUUAUAUACUGUAAUAAAAUAAAUUAAAUUUAACAGUAUCAUAUAAACCAAAAUAUCUUAGGAGAAUAGUCAUUAAGGGCCGCCGAUUUGACAAAAUUGGCAAAAAUAUAAAAAGGACAGUUUGGACAAAAUUUUUUGCCCUCCCUCUCUUUCUUAACUUAUCUUUUUUUUUGCAUAAAUGUACAUAAAGUAAAAUAAUAAAUAGCAUAAAAAUAUAUGUAUUAAUAAUGAUGCGAUAAUGAUAAUAAUUGUAAUAAUAAUAUUUAAAGUAUACAUAAUAAGUUUAGAAACUCUUGAGCGACGAUUCACACAAUAUUUUCAAAAGAUUAAACUAAAUGAACGAUUAGUGCAUCUUACUAAUUCAAUAUAUUUCUUCAAAUGUCUGGAAUAAUUCGAAAAUGACAUUUUGAUAAUACGGUACUUGACAAACGUUCUAUCAAAAUUCUUGAAAAAUAUUAUAAUAAUAUUAUAUGAAUUACUUAAUAAACGUGCGUGCGUUUUCAUUUGCGUAUCGCAUUCUUUAACGCAUUUUAUCAAAUAUAACCUGAUUCAGCUCCAUUUGACGUAUUCGCUUAUCGAAAUCUCGGGUGACUUAAAAUCAUCAGAUGUCAGGGCUAUAAUAGAAGCAAUUGAACUCAAGUUUAAAAGAAUAUAUCUUACUAAUUUACCAUAUUAAUAUCACCACGCACAACUUCCUUAUGCAGCAUCUAUAAUAUCACAUUCGAGCAUAAAGAUUAAAUACAGUCAUCGCACUGUUCGCUAAUGAUAUCGAUGUGUACGUAUAUUAUAUCAUCAUUAUUCUCAAUACCCUUCGGUAUCUCGAUAUGCAUUUCCGGAUAUGUUUAUAUACGUACAUACACAAGCCUACACAGUCUCACGUUUUCAUUCACUCGCGACUAUCAAGAGAUUACAAUCUCAUGAAUUUUAAAGAUAUGUAUAUGUAUAUAUAAAAAGAUUAUAUACCAUCAAGUAUUUAAAAAGUUUAUGGCACUCCCUUCGCUGUAUAAAUACCAGCUCGGGGAUAAGUUUCGAUAAUAAUAAAAAUAUAUACGGUCUGACAGAGACAAAAUGAAUGACUAAUCAAUUGUUCAAUCAAACGAAAAAGAAAAAGAAAAUAUUUGGGUUUGGCGAGAAUACAAUUCCGGUUUCCAUUUCAGAUGUAAAUUCGAAGAUUAAACACGUACGACUCGCAACCACGUGUAAUCUGAAUGA